AUGAUAAGACAAUCACUGAAAUACAGAAAGACAUUAACAGUCUUGGGCAUUCUGUGUACAUUGCUUUUAUUCUUGAUUCUUUCAAAAGACAACAAAAUCAAUGGAAUGCACCAAAGUGUAGAUGAUAUUCAGGACUUAAAUUACAGAGGUUUUAACCAGCGACCAAAGAAGGAUAAAUUUAUUAUCAUAGAAAAUAAAAUGGAAGGACAAAUGGAGUCAAACAGUAAGGAUGAUGGUACAAAGCAAGAGUUAUUAGAGGCCAAAACAAGAAUUGAGCAGUUAGAAAAAAAAAUUGCUAUCCUUGAAGGGAGAAUGCCACAAAAGUAUCCAGAAGUUAAAUAUCUUGGAUACAAAGAGAGGAAAAGAAUAUUGGUAACAGGCGGAGCAGGGUUUGUCGGUUCACAUCUAAUUGAUGUACUUAUGACACAAGGCCAUGAAGUUAUUGUAGUGGACAAUUUCUUCACGGGCCGCAAACGAAAUGUUGAACACUGGUUCGGCCACCGCAACUUCGAAAUGAUUCAUCAUGACAUAGUUAAUCCACUUUAUGUAGAGGCAGACGAAAUAUAUCACCUAGCUAGUCCAGCAAGUCCACCGCAUUAUAUGCAAAAUCCUGUAAAGACAAUCAAGACUAAUACAUUAGGAACUAUUAAUAUGUUAGGACUAGCACGUCGCGUUGGAGCUAAAAUAUUAAUCGCAAGCACAUCCGAAGUAUAUGGCGAUCCCAUGGUGCAUCCACAACCAGAAUCUUAUUGGGGUCACGUUAAUCCUAUAGGGCCACGAGCGUGUUACGACGAAGGCAAGAGAGUAGCGGAAACAUUGGCGUACGCUUACGCCAAACAAGAGAAAGUGUCUGUACGAGUUGCCAGAAUAUUCAACACAUACGGACCGCGGAUGCAUGUGUCUGACGGCCGUGUGGUGUCCAACUUUAUCAUGCAAGCUAUACAAAACUUAACUAUUACAGUGUAUGGUAAUGGGAAGCAGACCCGCUCAUUUUGCUACGUUUCUGAUCUCAUCGAUGGCUUGUUAGGGCUGAUGGCGUCCAGCUACACGUUACCUGUCAACCUUGGCAACCCUGUCGAACAUACUAUAGAAGAAUUUGCCAUGAUAAUUAAGAAUCUAGUCCCGGGAUGUAGGAGCAUGGUGGCAACAGGCGCGGCGGUCGAGGACGACCCACAGCGUCGCCGCCCGGACAUUACCGUCGCCGAGGAACACUUGGGGUGGAAACCUAAAGUCUCGUUACAAGUUGGCUUACAACGAACCAUCGAUUACUUUAAGGAAGAAUUGUCGAGAACCACGUUUCUUAAUAAUCAAACUUACAUGGACAUGAAGAGCCAUCACUAA